UGUUCAGACCCGUGGUAGCUUGAAAUCAUUGCUUUAAAUCCCAUUGCUUUUUAUUAUUAUGUAGAUUUAUAGCAAACAGGAAACAUUCAGUUAUAUCAGUUACAUCAGUUACAUAACAGAUAUAUUGUCAGUUAUAUAACUGAUAUGUUGUCAGUUAUAUAAUUGAUAUUAUAUCAGUUGUAAUAGAAAACCAAAGUCUUUUACCACAAAUGUAAAGAAACCGUCAAAAACAAGUAAAACAAAAACAAGGACAACAAAACAAGUGCAUAUGAAAUUCUGUUUAGAUGCUGUUGCCUGCCUCAAGAACCUCAGAGGUGGACUGUCCUGUCUAGGAGAGACUAUUGCAGAAGGUGUGGAAGUCGGACUAGCCCAGAAGUGAAUGGGAGAGAGGCUCCUGUAAGGGACUGGGGACUUCAUGAAGGGUGCCAGGGUCACCUUGAUCAGAGCUCCAGCAGGGAGGAGGGAAAGAAGGAGAAGAGAACAGAGGUUGGGGGCCUGGAACAGACUUGUACCCCCAAAGCAAAUCUGUGUGGGGAUGAAGAGUCAGGAUCCAAUGGCCAUCUGUUUCACCAACAGGACAAAAGGAGCUCCCACACUGGUGGAGUAUUCCCAGCAUGUUUUGGCAAUGGGAUGUAGUCAGGCUUCAAGGCAAAACUUCAAAGUUUUGAGUGACGUCAGCGUCAUGGCGGAGCGAGCUGUCCCCUGAGAUUCUCCUGUCUGAUAUACAAAAAAAAGGAUAUUUACAUACCAACAGAGGACAUUCCCACAACACAAAAGAUGUCUCACAGACGAAAGCAGCCACAUGUCUGAAGGUGGAGGUGCUGGAUCCCUUGGAGGAAGGGGAAGGAGGUAAGGUGAAUGUCCUCUCCCUCCAAAAUGGUAGCAACCAUGAGACUGCACAUGGCUCUGAGAGGAGAGAGGGGAGGGGUGGCCCUCUGCGGGAACACCUUCACUCUCCAAGUUCCCUCACAGCCCAUGGGAAAGCAUUACACAGAGGUGAUUAAGCCAUUGUGAGAAUGUCUUCAUCAAGCUAGGACCCAAGGAGAGCAGAUAGGAAGGGCAGAGAAAGAACACCCUCAGGAUCACACAGGUGAAGGAAAGCAUUGCUCCCCGCUCCCAGAGCUCCAGCUCAACCAGUUGGCCAGAGGCCACACAGAUAGAAAAGCAGCCAGUGGCUGGAGCAAGCGAGCCACAGAUCACAGUAGGUUCAGAAUAUAAAGCUCUUGACACCCACCCAGUGCUGGCAGGGGGAAGCUGAGACCAGAUACUAUCACUAUGCAGAGGCACACAUCCACACCAUCAAGCAGUAUGAAAAAAUAUAUUAAAUCUCCAGACCAGAAGGAAAAUUACAAGUACCCAGUAACCAAUCCUGAAGGCAUAGAUAUUUAUAAUCUAAAUGACAGAGAAUUCAAAAUUGCUAUCAUAAAAAACCUCAACGAGCUACAAGAAAAUACAGACAGUUCAAUGAAAUCAGGAACUCCUUCAAAAAAAGGCAUUGAAAAUAUAAAGAAACAUCAGAAAGGUUGGAGAUGAAAAACA